UCCGGCAAUUCUUUGGAAAUCAAACAAUCUGCUCAGACGUCAAUCUCCCGCCAAUCCACCGGAGGACUUGCAGUUGCCUCCCCCUGAGCAGCUCCAUAUAAACUGGGCUUUACCCCAUCACACAAACCAGAACUUCCUCACCUCACACUCCACAGCUGCUGAUCUUCUACCAGAUCCACACAAACAACUGUCUGUGACAACAAACUGCUCAGAGCACACACGUAACCAUGAGCACCACACUCAGCAAGAUUGAGGGAAAGUUCAGAGAUGAGGUUAUGCCACAUUUUAUUGAGGGGAUAAAGAGCAUGGAGGCCUUUGUCACCCUGGCUCUCAGGAUGGGCACAGCCAUCCUCAGCGACUCCGAAUGCUCUGAGAUCAUGAAAGUGAUCGGCGCGGCCUACAAGGAGAUGGAAGUGGCUGAGAGUGAAGUCCUGGCCAUCGUCAAAUCCCUCAAUCAGGACUUUGAGGAGUCGACACUUGAGAUCUCCCGAAUGAAAGCAGAGAAAGAACGUCUGCAGGAAACCGUCAGGUCUACAAAGAAAGAGCUGGAGAGCGCAGAGCACCAGCGGGACCUGGAACGGCAACACCUGCAGACAGCCGAGAUAUAUCUAGCGCAAGCGGAAGCGAUUCUGAGAAGAGAACAGCAAAAACAGCAAGAAGCUGAAACUAUUCGAAAUGUGGGAAUCGGAUUGAUGUUUAUCCCAAUCAUUGGUCUGAUAAUAGGAAGCACAAUGGUCGGUGUUGGUCAAGAGGAUCUGAACAACGCAAACUCCAGUGUGCAGUCGGCCACCAGCAACUGUGACUCUCAAAGGUCCAAGCUGCAGGAGAGCGAGCGACAGCUGGAGUGCUGCCGCCAACAGGUGGCUGUCAAGCGGAAUGAGCUGGCCGGGGUGAAAAGCCGUCUGACGCAACAGCAACAGGACCUGGAAAUGAAGAGAAAUUUGUACACAAAGUUGUCUGAUGUCUUAACUGUACUUAAACGAUGUGCUCAGUAUCUCUGCACUGUUCAUGGAAGAGUGACAGUGCUGAGGGUUCAGUCUCAGCACCUCUACUGCAUGGAGCCUCUGAUCGUGAUUAUAGAGGAAAUAGUCAGCAGUGUGGACAAGCUGCCCACCUCAAUGCGAUUGUCAGACUCAGGCCCAGCUGUUGCCAAAUCCAUCACCAACCUGAAAGAAACCUGUUCUCGAAUGAAAGCCAUUUGUUCUGAAUAAAAGUAUUAAUGGUCCAGCUCUCUGUUAGCUCAGCCUAGGAACAGAGGACCAUUCAGCUGUCCAUCCUGCUCCGCUAUUUCAUUACAUUACAGCAGACCUUUUAACCCCAUUUCCCCUCCUAUUACCCCACACUUCUCAACCUCAUCCCCUUACUUCUCAAGUCAUUCUGUCUUCCUUGAAAACCUCCCUUCGGCACCUACCAGUUGGAUUUUUCUGUCUCCUCACUGUUCUCCCUCUUUCCACCACCCACAAACUUCAACAUCCAAAACGUCACUGCCCACAUCCUCAUCAACACGUCCAACAAUCUACACUGGAUCCUAAUGCAUCAAUUUCCAGCUCCUCACCCUCAUGUGUAAAUCCCUAAUGCCCCAUUUCCUGCCUAUCUCUGAUCAUCUACCCCAACUGAUUUCAAGUUGUCCAUCCAAUUGGUUAAUGUGCGUUCCUCACCCAACCCACCUGGAGUGGCCAUCAAUGGUGACUGAGCUUUCCAAAUCCAUACCCUUAUCCUCUGGUUCUCCUUCCAUCAACCCAUGUGUGUCACCCUCUCUGUCUGUCCCCCAGACCUGCCCUGAUUGACUAUGGUAACCACCUCUUCCGCGCUCUCCCCCUUCCCGUU